AUGUGUGCAAGCUGCCUGCCCACGUUGUACAAGCUCUGCCCAGACUCUGAGGACCAGGGAGGGGGGCAGCCGAAGGGCCCUGGGAGGAAGGGCUGCUGCCCGGAGUCCGGCUGUCUCCGGCAGUUGCUGACCCAAGGGUGGGCCGAGGCCACGUCGGGGCUGGGGCAGAUCCCGCGAAGACGGCACGCGUGGGCCCAGGAGCUGCCCGGAGCCGGCACAAGCGCUGGGGCCCAGGUGAAGUUGACUUUCCAGGGUGGGGCGAGCCUGCGGCCGUUUCGAGGUCAGCGCCAGAUCCUGCCCUCACCGAGGGCCACACUGACCUUCAGGGCCCCAAUCACCCUCGUCACCACCCUGGGGACCCCACCCACCCAUCCUGACUCCUGCCCUGGGGCCCCCACCCAUGGCCCCUGUGGCCUCAGUGCUGGGCUCCCCAGCCCACCUCCCACUUCUCUGGGCCCUGAACCCCUGGCCCCCCCACACCCAGGACUGGUGGAUGAAGAGGCGGACAGCAGCGUUCUUGGAAACACCCAAGCUGCAGGGACUCAAGACAGUGAGCCCCUCCUGGGGGCCACGGCCAUAGCCUGCCCCUGGGCUGAGAGAGCAAGGGAGGACGAGGAGCGGGAGCCAGUCGGGCAGCCAGGGCAGGAGGAGUGCCCCAUCUGCACAGAGCCCUACGGGCCCAGUGGGCACCGCCUGGCCCUGCUGAACUGUGGCCACGGCCUGUGUGUGGACUGCCUGCACCAACUGCUGGGCAUGGCCCCCAGUGCCGACCUGGGCCGGGUCUGCUGCCCACUCUGUCGCCAGAAGACACCCAUGCUCGAGUGGGAGAUCUGCCAGCUGCAGGAGGAGCUGUUGCGGGCAGACGGGCCCCAGAGCCCACGGCCCCCCACGCCCCCUGCACCUCCCCGCCGCAGCCAUGGGCCUUGGGCCUCCUUAGAGCACCGGUACCGGCUCCGCUUCCUGGCGGGGCCCGUGGGUGGCCAGGGCUGCCUGCCCUUCCUACCCUGCCCACCCUGCCUGGGUGCCCGCCUCUGGGCCUUGCGGGAACGAGGGCCCUGCACCCGCCGCCUGGUGCUGCUGGGGCUGCUGGCCCUUGAGCUGCUGGGCCUGCUGCUCAUCUUCACGCCCCUCAUGCUGCUGGGGCUCCUGUUCAUGCUGCUGGAGCGCGCUGGCCACUGAGCAGGGCCUGUCGCACCUGUCGCCAGUGCCACCAGGGCCACUGAUGUGCCAGGAGGCCCGGGCUUGCCCUGAGGCCUGAUGACCAAGCUGAAAAACCCAAGACCAAGUGGGGCGCUAGCCUUCAAUCAAGAACCAGGUCUGGGGCCAGGGCUACCCAGGACCCUGUGUUCAGCCUCUGACCGAGCCAGAGACCUCCUACCCCACUGCCCAGACACUACGGAUGCCCAAGGGCGGUGCUGGAUGAGGUCUGCAACCAGGGCCCCAAGCACUCCUCCUUGGAAGAGUCCCUUACUGACAUCGAGCCAUCUUUACCCCGUCUCCCUGCCCCACCCGGCCUGUCUGCAAGAGGGACACAGCGGACACGAAAGUGAACAGUGAGGUCUGGUAAUGAGGUGACUCCUUGAAGAGAGUGGGGCCCUGGGUGCAGGGCCCGCCACUUGGUCAUGUUCCAGAUAAGGGCUGGUGUGUGUUCCCUGAAGGACAGGGCACAAGUGGGGAGGGGCCCUUGCCGUGCAAGUCCGGGCCACAAAUCGCCUCCUUGCUUGCUGGGUCAGGACCCAAGGGGGCGGCCCCGAGCGGCCAGGUGUCCUGAACCGCAAGGAACGAGGGCCCAGCUAGGCCUUGGGACUGGGGAGAGCUGCGCUGAAGCCCGAGUGCCCUGCAGCCCCAUGUCAUUGAGCCCUUUAUCUAAAGGACACAGCACGACCUCACAGGCUUGUGCUGUGCCCGGCACAAGGAAUGGUUCUGAAUAGACAGCAGCUGCCACUUAAGCCACUGUGGCCGUGUUCUCACUUUCUCCACCCCUUCUUCAGCAUCUGGCAACUCUCCCCAGCCCUUCCCUCCUUCCCUCUCCACGCAAAGGUUCUUCCCCAAAUCCAGGUAGUGGAGUAGAUAGAAGGCGCGGAGUCCUACCCCACCACGAUCUCAGCCAGUCCUGGUCUCGGCCCCGGCUCAGAUUGGCUCAAAGGCCAGUCCCAUUCAAGUUCCUAGGGUCUGGUGGGUACCAGGAGCCUGAUGGACUGAGGUGUCCCCCAUCCAGCUGCCCCCACAUCCAGCGGCCAGUGCAGAGGACGUGCCUGCCCUUUGCCUGUGCUGCACAUCCGCACACACCAGCACACGCAGGAGGCUGGCUCUGCACAGAUGUGCGGGGCAUUCACAUGCCCACAGGCACAGCCAGGUCCAGCCCUUCUGAGUGGCGUGCCUGGCCCGGCCUGGCCCCUCCCUGGCAAACAGAGCAGGCUGACCCCAAGAGGCAUUGGGCCUCCCUCUGGUGGCUCCAGGCUAGACCCUGUCUGGGCUGCAGCCCUGGGCACAGGCCUCAAGAGCAGGCUUCAGUCCAGGGAACAAGGUGCAAACUUUGGCAAAGAGUUUUAAUGGCGAGUUGUUUGCA